AUUCUGUUUUCUGUCUUCUACAGUUUUUCUUCUUUUAUUAGUGUAGUCUGUUUUAACCCAUGGUAUUCUCAGCUUGCAGAGCACAGAGAAAUGCGGCACACCUACAGUCUGGAGUCUCUUUGCCACUGCCCUUUUUAUGAAGAAGCCAUGCAUUUAGUUGAAGAAGGAAAAAUUUACUCAAGAGUUCUUAGAACUGAAAUGUUGGAGUGCCUAGGAGACAGUGAUUUUCUUGCCAAACUUCACUGUAUUCGACAGGCUUUUCAGGUACUACUUUCAGAAACAGCCAACAGGAUAUUCCUCGCUGAGAGUGGAAGGAAAAUUUUAUCAGCAUUAAUUGUGAAAGCACGAAAGAAUCCAAAGAAGUUUGAAGAUGUUUUUGAUGAAAUGAUCUAUUUUUUAGAGCAGACUGAUCACUGGGAGAGUACUGAAAUGGAACUUGCCGCUAGAGGAGUGAAAAAUCUAAAUUUUUACGAUGUUGUUCUGGAUUUUAUAUUAAUGGAUUCCUUUGAAGAUUUAGAAAACCCACCCACAUCCAUACAAAAUGUAGUAAAUAACCGCUGGCUAAACUCCUCCUUCAAAGAAACUGCAGUGACUUCAAGUUGUUGGUCAGUGCUGAAACAGAAAAGACAACAGAUGAAGAUGUCUGAUGGAUUUUUUGCCCAUUUUUAUGCCAUUUGUGAGCACAUCAGCCCUGUCCUUGCCUGGGGCUUCUUGGGUCCAAGGAAUUCUCUGUAUGAUUUAUGUUGCUUCUUUAAGAAUCAAGUUCUUUUCUUUCUUAAAGACAUUUUUGAUUUUGAGAAGGUUCGCUAUUCCAGUAUAGACAGUUUGGCGGAAGACCUUAUGCAGUUACUCAUUCGCCGCACUGAGCUUUUAAUGGCCUAUCUUGGAGCUGAUGCACUGAGGCAUACUAGUAGUUGUGUAAGUAGUCAUGGCCAUGUUAUGUCCAGCAGCCUGUUGGAAGCCAAAGUACAGUAGGGACCAUAAAUGUACAAUUUGAGUGUGCUAUGAAAUAUUUAAGGUAACUAUUGAUUUUGUAACACAUAAAGAAUUGGCGGAUAUGGACUCAGGGAGGAAAAAACAAUCCGGUAAAGAAUGACUUUACUGUAUUACACAGAAGUUCUGUCAUUGAAUCCCUCUGUAGUAUCCAAAGCAGCUUUUUAUAUUGUUUAGGUAAUGACUUAAGUUGUGAAAUGUUGUAUAUUUCACAGAAAUAUUGCUUGAGUUGAAGCCAGUACUUGGGAGUUAGUUGAUUUUCUUGUCUUGACGCCGUCUGUAAUGUCCAGAAUCAUUCUCAAAGCUUUGUUUUUAUGCUUUGCAUUUGAAAAUAUACAUUUUAGCCAACACCUUUGUGGCCCGUACAUGCAAGAAUAUAUAAUUCCUAGUGCCAACAAACUUAAUUUUGCCUGAGAAUGUAUUUUUAGUAUUAAAAUUAUUCAUUGUUUAAUCAAGUUUAGGCAGUAGUGGUGUUUAAUAUGUACUGCUUACAUUAUUGCUUGUGCAUUUGCUUAUGUACUUGAAUCAAAGAAACUGUAAUGGCUGAGUAUCAUUAUUAAGCAUUUAAAUGAAUUGACACUGAGAAGUGUUUUACUAUUGGUCCUAUAAGUUACAAUAGAGAGACUGAAUGAAUUAAAAAAAAUCUUUUUAUGGAGUAGAGCAUUCUUUCCUUGAAUGAAUACUGAUUGAAAAGAUGACAUUACUAUGACAGCCAAUUAAAAUUUUUCCAGUUUAGUCUUGAGAUUCUCUCUCAAUAUCUGAAGUUAUUAAUCUUGGUACAGCAAACAUUUCUCCUCCAAAACUGGCUCUUAGUCAUUCCCACAGAGAACUUAGCACACUGGGAAUUUGUCAUAUUAUGCCCAUAUUUUUAAAAUAUUCAUAUUUUGAGUCUUAGAUUUUAAGGAAGGUCCCCCCCCCGAAUAUAGAACAAAAUAUUUUUUAAUGGUAUGGAAGUAUAUUUCAUGUCUUUUAUAUGAAUAAAUGGGUUGAUUGUUCAUAUGAAUAAGGUUAUUCAGAGUAUUUUAGAUACUUUCAGAGUUGCAUUAAUUUUUUUUCUAGGUCAUAUACCACUUAUGGAGUGGUUGACUCAGUAUAUCAGUGGAUUGGAUUUGUUGAUUUUGUUCCUAAGGUGAACUUUAUUCAUUUUAGAGUGAGUUACCCAGAAAAAUCUAAAAUACAUUUUUUAAAAAGUGCAUUUUUAGAUUAAAGUGCCUAAUUUCUGAUUAAUGAAUAGAAAAAUUAAAAAGUAGGGAGAACAUAAUCCUUUAUGUUUUGAAAUUUAUGUAUGUGGCACAUUCAUGUAAUACUAGCUAUAAAAUAGGGGAUUCAGAAUUUAUGCUGUCUGCAUGUACUGUUCCAUAAUGUGUAGGUUACUUGCAUUAAACAAUAUGAAAUUAUGCUUUAAUAUUU